GUUCUUAAAAUAAGAAUCUUUGGAUACUGGAAUGAAGAACCCCGGAUUCUUGAAACAAGAACCGUUGAGUACUGAAAUCAAGAACCCUGAGUUCUCAAAGUAAAGAUGGAUGCCGACUACGAUUCUAUCAAGCCCGUCCAAGAAGUAUUAGUGAGUUCAUUGAGAAAGAAGCGAAAACGUCGUUCAAAAUUCGCGGAAAUGAUCUCGAAGGACAAACCGAAAUUUGAUCCAACCUUCCACACUUCCUACAAAGACUACUUCGAUCAGUACUAUGGUCUUGAUUAUGAAGAUAUGAUUGGAAAUAUGCCUUGUAGAUUUAAGUACAGGGACGUGGUGCCUAAUGAUUAUGGUCUAUCCGUCGAUGAGAUUUUAAUGGCCGAUGAUAGAGAAUUGAAUAAGUGGUGCUCCCUGAAAAAAGCAUUAGCACACAAACCCAAACAUCAAGAGUUACAAGAAGUUAAAAUUUACCAAGAAAAAUCAUUAAAUACACCGUAUAAGAAAAAGGUUCUCAGAAGUUUGUAUGAACAGUUAGACAAGUCGGAAAAUAAUGAUGGAGACAAUGAAGAAAGUUUCAUAAAUAAAAAAAAGAAUAGACGUAAAAAAAGCAAUCGAAUUAAGGCUGCGAAGACUGAUGGAGUAUUAAUUUCUUUUCCACAAGGUGAUAAUAGAGAUGUGACGAAUAAAGCAGCAGAGGAGAAAGUUGUGAUCAAUCACCUGAAGAAAAUUGAUGAGACCUGCAAUCCUACUGAUUUUGUGAGUAAUAAAGAAGAGCCUCCGAAGAAAAAAGUGAAGACACAAUGUGUCAAGAGGAUUGAACAAGAAGAUAAAACUGGCGAGGAAACCAAUAAUGGAAGAAAAAAAUUGCGGAAUAGUUCUCAAGACUCAUACAAUUCAACUCCAAAACCAGAUGAUAGUAAAUAUCAAAAACCACUACGGGAGAAAAAAUACAAGCAACUACAGAAGAUGAAAAAAGCCAAGGACUCGAAGGAUUCGUAUAACCCGGUCAUCACAUCUUUAAGUGAUGAGAGACUGAAAGCCUACGGAAUUAAGCCGAAGAAUUUCAAAAAAAAAAUGAAAUAUGGCCUGCAAUCAAGCUUAAAUAUGAAAUUGAGUUGUGGGUAGUCAUUAAAUGUGAAAAUAAAAAUUCCGAAGGAAUGCGGAAGAUGGACCCACUGAUGCCACCAAUGAUCCGAAACUAAUGAUGAUGAUGAUGAUGGUGAUGGUCCGUACUGAUAUCACAAAUGUGCCGAAAUCUUCGAGCACAUGUGUGAUAUCAGUUCUCUUCGUUGCAUAGAAACGAAUGUGUGCAAUUUCUCCAGAAAUUUUUAUCAUUUUUUUCCAUACAUGAGAGCCUGAGAAGAUUACCUGAUUAAUUUGAGAGAAGGAGGAAUCCUUGAAGGAUCAUUUUUUUUCUUCCCUUAUUAAGAAAAUCAAGGACAAAAUGUCAAACAUUUCAAGUUGGACAAUUUUUCCAGAAACAAUCUCAACGGAAUAAGUUGUAUCGAAGAGGAAAAUCUGAGAUGAAUUACUUUACGCUUACCUAGUUAGAAUCAUUAAAGUAGUAUGUAUAAACUUCAGUUCAGUCGUUGAGUGUAACAUGGAAAAAUAAAUUUAACGAUCUAAAAAAAUGA